GCAGGCUCAGACUUGGCCAUUGUAGCAGUCCAGUAUUCCUCAAAAAGAUCCAUGUUCGUGACAGUUCGCUGUGCGAAUGUGGUCUUGAUGAGGGUACCUUGGACCAUAUAUUCUUUUCUUGCCCCUUAAACUCCCAAUCCUUUGACCUCUACAAAAAACUCCCAAAUUUAGAAAUCCCCCUUCCAAUCAAUUUCCACUCCCUCUUAACUCACUUUUCUUAUAAAUUAAUUAAAUGUCUAUCAAAAUUUAUUAAUGAUAAUGAUAUUAUUAAGACAAUCACAAGACAUGUUGCUGUUACCUCAGUUAAAAUGUUUACAAAGUAAUGUUUUUAAAACAAAUGCCUUAUAUUACAACAAAAUAGAUUAAACAAUCUCAUGUGUUCAUAUCAAUCCGUCGUUAAUAAAGACUGAAGAUUCAUUCCGUAAACAAAAAUCAGGGUUUUUGGUGCUCAAAAUAAUGAAUAAGGAGAACGAAAAUUUUCACAAUAAUAAGCGAAGGAAACUAGAUGAAGAUGCCUCGGAAUCUCGUUACGAUGAUUCGGAUUACUGGCCAGAUACAGAUAGUGACGAUGAAUCUCCGUCAUCAAUGCUGCCAUCAAUAAAUGACACAAGUCCCCUGUCACCAAUCAAAACAGAAGUACACGCAGCUAGCCGAAGAUGUAGAGAAAAUUCAGGGGAAAGCACAGCAUCUCGAUCCCGAGGUCGUGGUAGACGCAAUACUUCCUCGUCUCCCGCACAGCAUGUACCAGAGCCGGCUACUGACAGAGUUUUCAUCUGGGACCUAGACGAGACUAUCAUCAUUUUCCAUUCACUUCUCACCGGGACUUACGCAACUAAGUACAAUAAGGACUACGCAACCGCGGACAGACGCUUACAGUCACCAUAACAGUUUCUAAAUUCGCACAUUUUAUUUAAUUUAUUUUCAAAAAUCAAUUUUAAUAAGUAUCUUAAUUUCUACAAAUUAAAUUAAAUUCAGUGUUUACCCCAGAUCGGGGUUUAUGCACCCAUUCAAGCACCUAAUCAACAACUUUGACCUCGUGACCCUCGUGACCUUCGUGACCUUCACACAGAAGUCCCGGCAUCAUCGACGGCCGUGCUACUGCGGAGCUGCGAGCGACCUACCUACCCUACCGGCUACUGAUUCAGGAUAGUGGUGUUCUACUGGCGAACUAAAAUUCGUUACGCGCUCGAUAUUCGAACUCACCCCGGCUUAACCGACACUACCUACCUACCUAAUAAACCGUAACUGCCAAAAAUAUUCUUUUAUUAAAC